UUCGAAACCACUCAUGUUUCCUCUUUUUGUGAAACCCUCGAUUGCAUGAGGCCGCUUUUUUUACAUCCAAAGAAAUCCGGCGAGGACAGAAUCCGAUUGGAGCUAUGGAACCGGUUGAGCAGAUGGAUGUUACUCAGGCCCUCCAAGAAGUGCUAAGGAUUGCCAACCACCGCCGUGGAUUAGCUAAAGGUCUUCAUGAGGUCGCUAAAGUCCUUGGAGAAGGUAAGGCUCACUUAUGCGUACUCGCGCAGAAUUGCGAUGAGUCUAUGUACAGAAAGCUUGUUGAGGCUCUCUGCGCUGAACGUGGCAUCCGCCUUUUCCAAGUGGAUUCGAACAAAAAGCUUGGCGAAUGGGUCGGUCUCUGCAAAUUCGACAAGGAGGGCAAAGCGCGCAAGGUUGUAGGCUGCUCAUGCAUUGCUGUUAAGGAAUAUGGUGAAGAGACGCAGGCACACGAUAUCCUUACGGAGUACUUCAGAAAGCAAAAGUCUUGAACGACGAGGAGCACUUCGAAGGUUUUAAUCUUACUGUCCCGACUGCGAGCCCAUUCCAUCAACAGCCACCUCAGCAGCUAAUGGUGACCUUUGGAUAGACUUGGGAACACGCCCAUCAGAAUUUAAAAUAAACAGGUUCUGAUGUAGGCCAUCAAUGAG